UCAGCUUCCAUCAGAUCCCACCCUUACCACCGCCGUUCUCCUUCUAUAGAAGUUUUUAGUUAUAGAUACUACUUCUAGACUUACAGAAGCUAGAAAUCAGUAAUGUCGGAAUCUUCAACUUCUCCGGAGCAGUCUCAGCCCUCCGGAGAAGCUGACUGUACCCCUAAUUUGCCUCGAACUUUCAAGUACCUAUUGGCCACGCAGUUUCUAUCAAGGGGAAUACCAUUUAUAUUCAAUUCAUGGAUCGUCCGCCACCUUACCGAAGAAGACUAUGCACUGUAUGCUGUACAAUUCCAUCUGUUUGUCACCUGCAUAUUGUUCCUUAGUCGGGAGGGCUUUCGGCGAGCAUGCUUGAGAGCUGACUUUAGAUGUGAUGACACUUCAAUGGGAGAAAAUUCAACACGACUUCUAAAAGUAGCUUGGAUGACCUUCCCCCUAGGAAUACUUUUUACACUUGCAGGAUGUGCACUAGUUCUCUGGUGGCAGGGGUUAGGUUAUCAGAGUCCAUAUGCACAAGCUAUCUUGAUUAAUGGUUUUGCGUGCGUAUUGGAGAUAUUGGCUGAGCCCUUUUAUAUCUUAUCUCAAAAUUUGCUUCUACUCAAACUGCGCCUAGUAAUUGAAACUGUAGCUACAUUUAUGCGGUGUCUGACAACAUAUGCUCUCAUUGUGAAGCAAACUGACACGGAGAAAGCUAUUGUAUUUGCCUUGUCACAAACUGCAUAUGGAGCUUCUAUGUUAGCUGGUUAUUGGGGCUACUUUCUUCUUUAUCGUAUGUAUAAAGUAUCUGAUCUUUUUCCAUUCAGUGUAGGAAACAUGAUGAACUAUGACAAGCAACUCACAGCCAUGUGUAGGUUGUUCACUCUUCAGUCAGUUAGGAAGUUGAUUCUUCAAGAAGGAGAAAAGAUGGUCCUUGUAUGGUUUGACACACCAUAUAAUCAGGCUGUAUAUGGACUUGUUGACAAAUUAGGCAGUUUAGUAGUGAGGCUGGUGUUUCUACCUUUUGAAGAGAGUUCGUAUGCUACCUUUGCAAGGUCUGCAUCAGGAGAAUAUACUCAGAAGAAGAGGAAGUUGGCAAGUUGUUUAACAGAUGCUUUGAAACUGGUUUUGCUUAUAGGACUCAUGGUUAUGGCGUUUGGACCAAGCUAUUCUUACUCUCUUAUUAGAAUAUUGUAUGGUCGGAAAUGGAGUGAUGGGGAAGCUUCAACAGCCCUUAGAUAUUACAUGCUUUAUGUGGUCACUUUGGCUAUGAAUGGAACAUCUGAAGCUUUUUUGCAUGCAGUUGCAACAGAGAAUUCACUCAGGCGCUGGAACGAUUUCCUGCUUUUUUUCUCAUUGAUUUACCUAGUGCUAAAUGUCUGUCUGAUACAAUCAAUUGGUGCAGUUGGGCUAAUUAUUGCAAAUUCCUUGAAUAUGAUUUUCAGGAUUAUUUACUCAGCAAUAUUCAUCAAAAAUUAUUUCCAGGGUUCUUUGUCAUUUUCCUUUUGGAGCUGCUUGCCUUCAGGGUGGUCUCUUUUGGUAUUUUCAUGUGUUGUUACUCUGAUAUCAGAGACUCUUUUUUUGGACCGGGAUAACUUCUGGGCGACGUUUUGUGUCCAUUUCUCUAUUGGCUUUGCUUGUCUGAUUAUAGCAGCAAUUGUCAUCUAUCGUGGUGAGAGGCCUUUUAUCAACAAAAUUGUACGUUUUCGUGAGCAUGCUGAUUGAAUCCAAUUACCUUCGAAGUUUUUUGAAGAUUAGUGCACAAGUAUAAACAUGCGGUGCUUCUUGACAGUUCAAUCACAAGCAAUGAAGGUUAUGAGUCAGGUCACGGGACAUUAUCAAAGUAACCAUAUGUUUGUGUUUUUUCACAAGGUAUAUAGAAAUAGUGCUUUGCUAUUUCGACACAUCAACUCCAUCACUACUGCUUGCUUGUGUUUCAACUGCAAGUGUUUCUUGCUUUCUUUCUGGCCUUGAAAUCUCUGUAGUGCUAUGGAGAUCGCUGGACAUGUAGAUUACAGCCCCGUGGAAUGUGGGCUUUUAUGCUUCUAGGUUCACUACUUUCACUGUUGAGUAGGUCUGAAAUUAUUAUCAGAUCGAAGGACUCUUUGCUUAUGUUUCAUCAUUUUGUUUUUGUCAGAUAUGUAAAAGUACGUAUAGAAUUACAUGGUUGUCAACUACGUGAUUCAAUACCACCUUUUUUGCAACUUUUCGGUGUACAGAUUAUUCAUUUGCUUUGCAGAUUUCUUCAAGCAUGUAAUGGAUAUGUAUGAAGACUAAAAAAGUUAGCCA